UUUUGGUUGAAAUCAUGAUUAUUGAUUUGAAUUAAUAGAAGUUAUGUGAUUGAAAUAUUACCCUUCCUGGUAAGCUGUUUAAAAUUAAUAAAUAUUUCCAGAUAGAAAUAUGAGUGCUGGGCAAGAAGAUGCAGAACAGCAACAUGAAAACACAGAGAACACAGUUCGCCCUCCAUGGCCACCCACUCCUGCUAGCAAUACCAAUAGCAGUACUACUCUAACAGAACAAACUUCUCUUACCCCCAAUGAAGAGUAUUUUGACACAUAUUUUACUGAUGAAAAAAUCCCGAUUCCUGAAUCUGAAAAUUACAACAACUGUUUAGCUGUUAACAAUACCCAUGGAGAUAUAUUCCCAGAAAAUGAUGAGCUAGUGGAUGCUGAUAUAUACAAGGCAGGAGUCUUCUUAGGAUGCACGUUUGGUAUUGCCUGUAUGUAUAUAUGGGCUGUUGGAAUUUUAGCUGCAGGCCAAAGCUCAACCAUGACUGGAACUUACGUAGGACAAUUUGCCAUGGAGGGUUUCCUAAAUUUGCGAUGGAAACGAUGGCAAAGAGUACUCUUGACUCGUACAAUUGCCAUUACACCAACUUUCUUCAUUGCUUUUUAUCAGUUCUUAUCCAACCAUCUAGAUCAGCCGACAUAUAAAUUUGAUAUAGGAGAGGAAACAGACAGUAGAACAAG